GAACAUACAAGAAACGGUUGUGAAACGGGGAAAAAGGAAAAUUAUUAUUAAGUUUUGUUAUAAUCUUUCAACCAUAAGAUGGAAAAUUUAGAAGAAGUUGCGUCACAUUUACAGCGAUUUACGCAUUUCGAUUAUGUGUUCUUCGUGUCGAUGCUUUUCCUAUGCAUUCUUAUCGGCAUAUAUUUUGGCUUUGUGAAAAAGAAGGAUGCAGAUGCCGAGAGUGAAUAUUUAAUGGGCGGAAGGAAGAUGAGUGUCUUUCCCAUCUCAUUAUCUUUAAUUGCAAGUUUCAUAUCGGGAAUAACAUUGUUGGGACUUCCGACUGAAGUUUAUUUACAUGGAAUUCAAUAUGUUUACGUAUCAUUAGGUGUCAUAUUUAUGGGCUUCGUUAUGAGCGUGUUCUACUUACCAGUCUUCUAUGGCCUUCAAAUAACAUCAUCUUAUGAAUAUUUAGAGAUGCGGUUUAAUCGAAGCUUGAGACUAUUCGGAAGUAUAAUGUUCAGCAUCAUGAACGUAUUUUAUCUUCCGAUUGUUGUUUAUGUUCCAAGUUUGGCAUUCAAUCAAGUGACGGGAGUCGAUGUUCAUAUAACCACGUGGUUCGUCGUUUUUGUUUGUGUUUUCUACACAUGUAUUGGAGGUUUGAAAGCUGUCGUGUGGACUGAUGUCGUUCAAACAUUCUCAAUGUUCACAGCUUUAGUUAUUGUUGCUAUAAAAGGAACAAUGGACUUGAAAGACGGCGGAUUUGGGAAGGUCAUGGAGGAUGCUUAUAAAACCAAUCGAUUGGAGCCUCCAAUUCUCGAUGUUAAUCCACUUUUAAGACAUACUUUAUGGAGUCAACUUUUCGGUGGUGUUUUCUAUUGGGUUCAAACAAAUGCAGUGUCACAAAAUAUGAUUCAAAGAUAUCUUUCACUACCUUCAUUCAAAGCUGGUGUUCAUGCUGUUUGGAUAUUUGUCACUGGUGUUAUUGUUCUAAUGUUUUUGUGCUCUUAUAAUGAUCAAAUGUUGCCACUUUUCGUGAUGGAAACACUUGGCGAAUAUCCUGGCUUAAGUGGAAUGUUCAUAGCUGGUGUUUUUUCUGCUGCUCUUAGUUCUCUUUCAACAUGUCUUAAUUCAAUGUCAGCUGUGGUGUUGGAAGAUUUUGUCAAACCAUUUACUAAGCAACCUUUAACUGAACGUGCCAUUAAUUGGAUUAUGAGAUCGGUUGUUGUUGUGAUUGGAGUUUUAUGCAUUUUUAUGGUUUAUGUUGUGGAGAAAAUGGGAACAGUUUUACAAUUAACGAUGAGUCUUGAAGCAAUCACAAAUGGACCGCUGUUUGGAAUCUUCUCAAUUGGCAUUUUCCUUCCUUGGCUCACAUCUGAGAGUGCAUUAAUUGGUGGAAUUAGUGGAGUGAUUGUGAUGUCGUGGAUUAGUUUAAAUGCCCAAUGGGCCAUUGCUUCCGGGAACAUGCAUUUUGAGCCAAAGGAAUUAGCAUCUGAUCAAUGCUAUUACACUUUUACACCUUCAAAUUCUUCAAUAUUUCAAGGACCAACUGAAGAGUAUCACGAUUUAUAUAAAAUUUCUUACAUGUGGUAUACAAUGUUCGGUGCAGUGUUCACGAUCAUUGUCGCAAUGUUCUGUUCGAUAUUUUAUGGCUUCAAUGAUGCACAAAAAAUUCCAUCAAACCUUGUAACGCCAUGGUUGAGGAAAUUCAUCUACAGAAACAAUGAAAAACCUCAAAUGAAAUCAGUGGCUAUAAAGACAAAAGUGUGCCAUUUGAAACAAAACCAAAGAAGGGAAUUUGCAGUUACAAUCAGUCACUUUUCAGAGUUCGAUUUGGAAAGAUUUAAACUAAAAAUGGAAGAAGUUCAACAACAUACACAACUAAUCAAUGGUUAUGUAACGGAAAAUGGCGAAAGUCAUGAAAAGGCGACAGUUGAUGAACCUCCCAAGUUUGAAGUUCCUAAAGCGACCUUGAAGGAAAUUGUUGUGACUGAUUACAUGAGAGAAUCUUUAGAUAAAGUUGCAAUCGCUGAAGGUUUUAAGAAUUAUGACGUGAAAGUUGAUCAUGGAUCAGGUGUGGGUGAUGGUUUUGUUGGAAUUUUAUUCAAAGUGACGAUUCAAGAGAUCGACAGUGACAAAAAUCUUAUUGUUGUGUUGAAAUCUCCACCAGAUAAUGAAACGAGACGAAUUCAAUUUGGUUCAAUGGAAUUAUUUGAACGAGAAGUCUUUAUGUAUAACGAACUUCUGCCAGAAUUUGUCAAGUUUCAGGAAGAAAAGAAGAUCAGCAAGUCAAUGGGUUUCUUUGACUUUCCGAAAUGCUAUUUUGCCGAUUAUAGUGCUGAGAGAGAUCAGUCGAUAAUUAUCAUGGAAGAUUUAAGAGAAAAUGGUUAUAAAUUAUGGGACAAAUUCACACCAACAAAUUAUGAACAUGCGAGAUUCUUAAUGGAUGCACUUGGACGGUUCCAUGCAAUUUCAUUCGCAAUGAAAGCACAAAAACCGGAAAUUUUCAAUAGAUUCAAAGAACUUCACGAUCAUCUUACGGAUAAAAUGACAGAACCGAAUGUGGCUCAAAUGAUGAUGCAAAAUGUUGAUCGAGCUGCAGGGACAAUCGAUGAUCUUGAUAUCAAAAAGAAAAACCGAGUUUUGAAGUUAAAAGAAUUCACAACUUUCUUAGGUGAAUUAACAAGUCCAUUAAAAGCAGAACCUUAUGCAGUAGUUAGUCAUGGUGAUUGUUGGUCAAACAAUUUUAUGUUCCUUUACAGAGGCGGACGACCAGUGAAAAUUUGUCUCCUCGAUUGGCAAAUCUCUCGAUAUUGUUCACCAGUUUUGGAUUUACUUUAUUUCUUCUUUGUAUGCACCGAUGCCGAAUUACGCGCGAAACAUUAUGAUGAACUUUUGAAUGUUUAUCAUAAAUCAUUGAAAGAUUUAUUAGAUCAUUUGGGAGGCGACACAAUGACGCAAUUCCCUCUCACUGCCCUUCUUCGUCAAUUGAAACAAUUUGGAAAAUUCGGGCUGACGAUGGCAUUGUUUUUAGUUCCAAUGUUGAUGACCAAAAAUGAAGACCUUCCAGAUAUGGACUUUAUGUCUGAAAACAUGAAGGAUCCAGAUCCAGUUAUGAUGGAAGAAAUGAUGAAAGCAUUUAUGCAGCAAACAGAAGCAAAGUACAGGCCAAGAAUGCGAGGCUUGUUAACUGAUGCUUUGCGUUUUGAAAUGGAAGAAGUUCAACCACAAACGCAACUAAUCAAUGGUUAUGUAACGGAAAAUGGCGAAAGUCAUGAAAAGGCGACAGUUGAUGAACCUCCCAAGUUUGAAGUUCCUAAAGCGACCUUGAAGGAAAUUGUUGUGACUGAUUACAUGAGAGAAUCUUUAGAUAAAGUCGCAAUCGCGGAAGGUUUUAAGAAUUAUGAUAUAAAAGUUGAUCAUGGAUCAGGUGUGGGUGAUGGUUUUGUUGGAAUGUUAUUCAAAGUGAAGAUUCAAGAGAUCGACAGUGACAAAAAUCUUAUUGUUGUGUUGAAAUCUCCACCAGAAAAUGUCACAAGACGAAUUGAAUUUGGAUCCAUGGACUUGUUUGAACGAGAAGUUUUUAUGUACAACGAACUUCUGCCAGAAUUUGUCAAGUUUCAGGAAGAAAAGAAGAUCAGCAAGUCAAUGGGUUUCUUUGACUUUCCGAAAUGCUAUUUUGCCGAUUAUAAUGCUGAGAAAGAUCAGUCGAUAAUUAUCAUGGAAGAUUUAAGAGAAAUUGGUUUUAAAUUGUGGGACAAAUUUAUUCCAACAAAUUAUGAACACACCAAACUUUUAAUGAGUGCACUUGGACGAUUUCACGCAGUUUCAUUUGCAAUGAAAGCACAAAAACCAGAAAUCUUCGAGAGAUUCAAGCAGCUUUCUGACAUCCUGACAAAGAAAAUAGUGGACGCUUCAUUCUCAGAUAUGAUGAAUCAAAGCCUCGAUCGAGCUAUUGGGACAAUCGAAGAUUUCGAUAUCAAAAAGAAGAACAAACUUAUUCAUAUAAGAGAAAAUUUAGCAAACGUGAUGAUACAUUUGACAAAUUCAGCUGAAACAGAACCUUAUGCAGUGAUAGGUCAUGGUGAUUGCUGGUCGAAUAAUUUUAUGUACUUAUACAAGAGUGGAAGACCAGUUAAAAUUUGUCUUCUCGAUUGGCAAGUCUCUCGAUAUUGUUCACCAGUUUUGGAUUUGGUUCAUUUCAUAUUUAGUUGCACUGAUGCCGAAUUACGCGCAAAACAUUAUGAUGAACUAUUGAACAUCUACCAUAGAUCAUUGAAAGAUUUAUUGGACCAUUUGGGAGGCGACACAAUGACGCAAUUCCCUUUCACUGCUUUUCUACGUCAAUUAAGGCAAUAUGGAAAAUUCGGUCUAGUGAUGGCAAGCUUUAUGGUUCCAAUGCUUUUGGUCAAAAAUGAAGACCUUCCAGACAUGGACUUUAUGUCUGAAAAAAUGAAGGAUCCAGAUCCAGCUCUGAUGGAAGAUUUGAUGAAACAAUUUUUGGCUUACACCGAAGCACUAUAUAAGCCGAGAAUGCGGGCUUUGAUAAGCGACGCCUCACGAUAUGGUUAUUUAUAG